CUGAAGCUGCUGCUGCUCCACCUCCACCCAGACUCAUCAGGCAAGUUGGUCUGCAUUUGUGCCUGGCUGAUUCAGGGGCCCAAGGCUCUACCACCUCCUUUCCUUGGAAUCAGGAAACUCCCGGACGUGGUGGAAGUUAAAGUUCCAGCCUCACUGCUCGGUGUUUGGGGUAAAACGUUAAUGUAAGGAGCUCACAGCCUGGAGGAGGAAAUGAAACCAUUCCUGCUUCUGUGAGUCAGGCAAUCUAAGGGAGCAGCACCACAUGUAAUUGCCAUUGGCACUGUGACUUCACAGCCCCUCCGUGCGCCAACCAAUCCAGAGCACGUGAUUAAUACUCACAGACAGACAUCUAGUUAUCACUCUGUCAGGCCCAGGCUCCUACCACACACAUCCCUCUCUGCCUUUCAGACAGGACGAAGCAGCAGUGCCGGCAGCAGAACAGACACAGCAAUGGACAACUUGAACUUCUCACUUCCAGUCCUCACCAGAAAACAACAAGACAUUUUUCAGAAAGCUUUUGCUGCUGAUGCUGAUUACUUGGAAACAUCUGAGAAAAUGAACCAGUCCUUCUGGGAAUUGUUAAUAAAAUGUUUAGCCACUGUUAACCCAGCCAGCCUGACCACUGAAGAAACACACAAUCUCCUUAACAGAGGCAUAAACUCAUCUGAUGAACGUGCAGCCUCCUUGAAGACCAUAGGAAAAAAAGGAGUUAAUGCAAUGGUUGUGCUUUAUCUGCUGCUAAAGGUGAAAGAUCUAUCUGCCUACAGAGAGUUGCCCAGCUCCAAGAAAAAUGAUGAAAAAUUGAAACUACUUCAGGAAUUGGAAAAAAGUUUCACAUUUUCACAAGAAGAAAGUGAGGUUGAAAGAUCACCUCAGGAGCCUGCAGAGACACAACCACGAGCCACCAGUGCUGGCAAGAAAAAAGUCUCUGUGGCAACAGUGAAGCCAAUUUCUCACAACCAAAGUCAGGAAGACCAAGACCAUGAAAAUCAAGAUGGAAGUGGUGCACCGGGAGAGGUUGUCCCCUAUAAUGAAUCAGAGAUUGCAAGACGAGAAAAUGCAACUGCUGCUGCAGGUGAAAAGAUUACUUAUCUUCAGAGAUGUCAAAGACAGUGGAUAAGAAUACGGAAAAAUGAUGUGUUCUUUCAUUUUGUCAUUCUUUGCUUUGGCAUUGGAGCUGCACUAAUUAGCUAUUACCACUACAAAGACUGGACCAUUUCUCUUGGUUUUGGUUUAAUCACCUUUGCUUCGCUAGAAACCAUCGGAAUAUAUUUUGGUCUUGUGCAUCGAAUUCACAGUGUCCUUGAGGGUUUCAUUCCUCUGAUUCAGAGAUUCAAAAUACCAGGUAUUAGAAAAGUUGACUGAAGAGAAGAUUGAGAGUUCGACAAGUCUCUGGUUUCUGGAUUGGUUGCACUAAUGUGAAUAAACCUGUUUUAUGGUGGUCAUAAAAUCUAAUGGCUAUUAUACAAUAUUGAAGCGUUAACCAUAAAAUGUGUUAUUCUCUCCACUGGGGAAUAAAAA